UUACGGCUUGACAUAUCAAGUAAAUACUGCAAGCCGUACAUAAUUAAUAUUUGUUUUGCUGUAACACAAUAGGAGCUCGGUACAUUUAUGAUUACGACGGCGAAGUACGGAGAGUGUCGGAUUUUGUGAUACAUAGCAACUAUAGUAAAGCGAUGCCCUUCGCUUGCGAUAUUGCUAUUAUAUUUGUCAAUGAAGUAAUCACAUUCAGUAGUACUGUUAAAAAAGCACUGCUCGUAACAAAUGAAAGCUGGAUGAAAGAAAAUAAUAAAUUGGACGCAGCCGGUUGGGGAUGGACGAAAUACGGUGGGCCAAUAUCAGACCGUGGUCUCAUGAGUACCAAACUGCAAUAUGUUCCAAAAGAGAAAUGCGAAAGUAUGCAUAACAUAAAACUGACAACGGAUAUGUUUUGCUUGUAUGGGGACGGUGUUCGGGAUACAUGUAAAGGUGACUCAGGUGGAGGGGUUAUGUGGAAUGGCAUGAUCGCUGGUAUUGUGUCCCAUGGGGACGGAUGCUCUAAGAAACUUAAGCCCAGCAUCUACACAAACGUCUGGUUUUUUAGAAAAUGGAUUAGAUCACAAGUUAAAAAUUUCGUUGAAAGUUUUUGUAAAAAAAAUAAUUAA